AUGCCUCCACUUCUCAACCCAACGAAUUCGCUCCGUACAGAAAGGCGGCUCCCGCUCGUCAGUCUACGGCAUCUUUUUGAAGUGUUCCUAUUAUUGGCGCUCUUUUCUACAGCUUUGAGAUCGGCUUUCCUUGCACGGAGACGAAGAACGAUGACUAGUUCGGGUAUGGGUCAAGGUGACUUGCCCAUCAAUCAAGAGAAGAAGUUGGCCAUUCACCAAAGAAAAGAUUCAUAUCAAGAGGAAGUUCAUCUCAAAGGGGAGAAUGUAGAGACUUUUGGCGCUACUUUAGAAGAGACGUCAAGCACAGAACGACAGAACGAUGUCUUUCUUCGUCAGCCAUCGCUCGACCGGGAACCGAACCAGUACCUCCAGUCGCUCCAACAAGAGACACUCCAGCCAGUACUGUCCCCGAUCUAUCCUUGGAUAUCACCGCCGCAGAACCUACCAGGACCAUACGACGCGCCCUACUACCCAGUGCCAUUACCUACUAUUAAGACCGAAGAGUCACUUCACGACAGAACUGAGUCGACUACUAUCAAGACCGAGCCACCCUCGGAAGACGUGCCCGAAGAACUAUCAACUAUCUCAUACACCCGCCGCGUCUCGCCAAACAAUAUUCCCGACCACGAGUCACUUCUAGAAGGAACAGUCACGGUCUCAACCAAAGGCUGGCGACGCACUCAAUGGACCGUCACCGCAGGUUGA